AAUUAUAUACUUUCGAUUGACUUUAGAUUUUUAGAAACAUCACGUUUACGUUUCCGCUUCAGCUUUUGUUGCGCUCUUACCGACGCUUCCGAUGUGACGUCAUUUAGCAGACGACUAUUACAAAGUUACACAGUUCUGUCAAAAUUUAUUUGAAUACGCAUCACAGUGAAAUCAGUCAAACAUACAAAAACUGAAGGAAAAGAGCAUGAGUGCGUUAGAGGAUUCACAGGAAAAUGUGCCUGUUGCUGUACCUGGAGAUGAGCAAGACCAUUCCCAGGAUUUGUUUGCACCGCCAGAAAACCCAGCAGGGGCUAGUGCUGGAUCCAAAGAAAUUUUGAACAAGCUAGUCAAAAUGGAAAAGGUUCUGCAAGAACUAUCAGCUGAUGUGCUGUACCUGAAGAGGCAGUCAGAGCAGAAAGGACAGAGCUUCCUAAUGGAGGAAUGCUCAUUCAAGAAGAAACUUAAUACUUACCUUCGGGAGAAGUUUAGUGUCAACCCAUGGUUGAAUACCACUUCAGACAUAGUUUUCAAAAAUGAAGUAAAAUCACACCUUGAUAAAGAAGGUUUCAAAGGCCAAGGUCAUGCCUUUAAGAUGGUGGUGCAGUGGUCUGCAGCCAAAUUUACAGACUAUAGAAACCAAUUAAGGAGAAAAAUUUCUCUUGACAUAAAAUCAGGAAAAGAUGUACAGGCCAUGGAACUAGAUGAGUUCAGUAAAGUGUUCCUUGGCCCAUUCUGUAAUUCAUCUGAUGUGUUGGCCCCCAAAAGAAGGCAACUGAGCCUGCUAUUAAGGUCAUUUCUCAACAAGCACAAAUUAAACACAAACGGGUCAGAUGAGGUGGAAUUUUUUCUUGACUUUUGGGGAAAAUUUAAGGAUUACUUUGUUGAGAUCCAGGUUAUAAAUGAUCCUGAAAAGUGGAAAACACUCCAGGAAUUGGACUCAAGAAGAACCAAGAGAAGACAAGAACCUCAGGCCACUGUUUAAAAAGACUAAAGAAAAAGUAAAGAAAAGAAGAAAUAGACUUUUAAUUUGUGCUACCAUAUAUUUUCAUGUUACCUUUUAUUAUACUAUUUACACAUUUUUCAAAUAUAUUUUGUUACCAAAA